AUUCCCCCAAGAAAAAAAAAAAAGAAAAAAAAGAAAACAACAGUGCAGCAACGGCGCGCCGGCUUCCCUAUAUAGCCGGCACCGAUAUACAUACAUACAUUCCUUCAGUUCCGAUUCCCCUGCUCGUACGGAAUCAACCUCCGGCGUCAAAGCUCGCUCAGCGAAUCCGACAUAGAUAUUCCACCAUUUCCGCAGAGAGAGAUUACAAUUUACAACAACUCUCUCUCUCAAUCGAAAACCAGUGAUGGAGAGUAUCGGCCUGACAAUUUCGACUCUGUUUGUCGCUGCUUUUUUCCUAAGUUCCUCCUCCGCUCUGAAGGUGGGAGAAACUUGCUUUUCCAACAACAGCUGCGACUCGGGCUUACACUGCGAAACGUGUUUUGCGAACGGUAAGCUUCGUCCCAGAUGCACUCGAAUGCAGCCUGUCAAUCCUCUCGCGAAGACUACGGGGCUGCCGUUUAAUCGAUAUACGUGGUUGACGACGCACAACUCUUUUGCUCGGUUGGGAGCGAACUCGGAGACGGGGUCCGUGAUUCUAACGCCGGAGAAUCAGCAAGAUUCCAUUACCGAGCAGCUCAACAAUGGCGUUAGAGGAUUAAUGCUGGAUAUGUAUGACUUCCGAAAUGACAUAUGGUUGUGCCACUCCUAUGGUGGAAAUUGCUACAACUACACAGCUUUUAAACCUGCCCUUGAUGUUUUAAAAGAGAUUCAAGCAUUUCUUGACUCAAACCCAUCAGAGAUUGUCACCAUUAUGAUUGAGGAUUAUGUUAAAUCACCCGAUGGUCUAACAAAAGUGUUCAAUGCUGCUGGACUGAGAAAGUAUUGGUUCCCGCUAAAACGAAUGCCAAAUAACGGCAGAGAUUGGCCAACAGUUGAUGAUAUGAUAAAGAAGAAUCAGCGGUUGGUAGUUUUCACUUCAAAAGCAGCAAAGGAGACCUCCGAAGGGAUUGCUUAUGAAUGGAAAUACUUGGUCGAAAACCAAUACGGGGAUGGGGGGAUGAAGGCCGGAAAAUGUCCAAACCGGCAGGAAUCGCCUCCCAUGAACACAAGUUCGAGGUCGCUGGUCUUGAUGAACUACUUUCCAGAUCUUCCAGAUAUAACCCAAGCUUGCAAGCACAAUUCAGCUCCUUUGAUCAGCAUGAUGAACACUUGUUACCAAGCUGCGGGAAAUCGAUGGCCUAACUUCAUCGCUGUUGAUUUUUACAAGAGAAGUGAUGGAGGAGGAGCCCCCGCAGCUGUGGAUGAGGCAAAUGGGCAAUUGGUUUGUGGCUGUGGAAACAUUGCCAACUGCAAGCAAAAUACGAGUUUUGGAACAUGUCAACUCCCAAAGGCUGCUGCUGCUGCUCCUGUACAUGGAGCAAAGGCUCAGGAGACCAGCCUUGGCCUCUCGGAUAGGAGACCAGUUCAGCACUGGUGCUUUCUGGGGAUGGUCUUGGAGCUUUUGGUGCUCUUUCCCUUGUCAUUGUUGCUGUAGUAGUUGCUUAUUUAACCUUUUGAAGUACUGAUCAUUUAAAAGGAAAAUGGAGAAGUGGCCAUUCUGAGUUAAUAGACAACCAAGUUUACUUGGCUGUUUGUUUAUGUGCUUUUAUGUUAGAAAAAGGUUAUCUUUUAAAUAUUAAAUGUAGAAUUACUAAUAAACAGGGCAAGUUCCAGGU